AUGCAGAGGCUUGGUGCAGUACACUCCUCCGCGGCGCAGGCUCUCAGCCUCGUGGUCUUAGUGCUGCAGCUGCUGACUCAGCCACCGGGUGCCGACUCAGCUCUCCGGUACCGGGUAGCGGAGGAGGGCCCACCUGACGUCAAGAUAGGCAACGUGGCCGCCGACCUGGGCCUCACCGCAGGUACAGGAAGCGGGGAUGUUACCUUUGCCUUAGAGAGCGGCUCAGAGUACUUCAAGAUUGACAAUGUGACAGGUGAACUGACAACAGGCCCAAGGCGCAUUGACAGAGAGAAGCUCCCGCAGUGCCAGAUGAUAUUUGAUGAAAAUGAGUGUUUCUUGGACUUUGAGGUGUCAGUGAUAGGGCCACUGCAGAGCUGGGUCGACCUGUUUGAAGGCCGUGUGGUCAUAACAGACAUCAAUGACAACACACCUUCCUUCCCCUCACCUGUACUCCAGCUCUCAGUUGAGGAAAAUCGCCCAAUAGGAACCCUUUACUUGCUGCCCACAGCAACAGACAGGGAUUUUGGGCGAAAUGGCAUUGACCGCUAUGAGUUGAUUCAAGAUGGUGGAGCUGGGUCAAGUUCAACAAGGCGCACAGGAGGAGGAAACCCCAUUACUAGAGUAGAUGGACUUGGGGAUCGGAGGGGGAGAAGCGGAGAUAAUGGAGGAGGAGCCAGGAGCAGUGUGUUUGAACUACAAGUUGCAGACAUACCAGAUGGUGAAAAACAACCGCAGCUCAUUGUGAAAGGCACCCUGGAUCGUGAGCAAAAAGACUCCUAUGAACUUGUCCUCAGGGUUCGAGAUGGAGGGAACCCACCACGUUCCUCGCAAGCCCUGCUUCGUGUUUCCAUAACAGAUGUGAAUGACAAUAACCCACAGUUUGAGAGGCCCGUGUAUGAGGCAGAAAUGGCAGAAAAUGCUCCUCCAGGUACACCUGUCCUCCAGGUCAGAGCCUCAGACCAUGACAUUGGAGUCAAUGGACAGGUGGAGUACGUCUUUGGGGCUGCCACUGAAUCUGUCAGGCGACUCCUGCGUUUGGACGAGGCAACUGGAUGGCUGAGCGUUCUUCAUAGGAUUGACAGGGAAGAGGUGGCUCAACUGAGGUUCACAGUUACAGCCAGGGACAGGGGUCAGCCUCCACGCAGUGACCGAACCACGGUAGUUUUGGCUGUCCGGGAUGAAAACGACAAUGUCCCAGUCGUAGAAAUCCGAAAGAUUGGACGGAUCCCUGUCAGAGAUGGUGCAGCAUUAGUACCAGAAAAUGUUCUGGUGGACACACCAGUAGCUCUGGUACAGGUGUCAGACCGAGACCAGGGAGAGAAUGGGGCUGUGACGUGUACAGUUGUAGGAGAUGUCCCGUUCACUCUGAAGCCAGCUGGUGAAACAGCUCUCCCACCCCUACCUGCAGAUGAAGCAUUCGACAGGAACAAGAAAAAAUACUUCUUACAUACUUCCGCCCUGCUGGACUACGAGGCCACCAAAGAGUACAGUGUCACCAUUGUGGCAGUAGACUCUGGAAGCCCCAGUCUGUCCAGUAACAGCUCACUGAUGGUGCGAGUGGUAGACAUAAAUGACCAUGCCCCUACCUUUGCCCAGAGUGUUGUGGAGGUCCAUUUUGCGGAGAACAACUCACCUGGUGAGAGGGUUGUCACUGUGGUAGCUACAGAUGCAGACAGUGGCAAGAAUGCAGAGAUUGCAUACUCCUUGGACCCUGCUGCCAAUGGGCCAUUUUACAUAGAUGCAGAUAAUGGAGAUAUCCGUGCCACUGGGGUUCUGGACCGUGAGCAGCGAGAGAGGUAUGAAUUCCGGGUUAUUGCCAAGGACAAGGGCACCCCCUCUCUGCAAGGCUCUACAACUGUUGUUGUUCAGGUGACUGACCGAAAUGACAAUGCCCCAAAGUUUGUUCAGGAAAUCUUUACGUUCUAUGUCAAAGAGAACCUGCUUGCCAACAGCCCAGUUGGCAUGGUCACUGUGACCGAUGCUGACGAAGGCGAGAAUGCAGAACUGAGUCUGUUUGUAGAGAUGGAUGGAGUUGACGAGAAGAAGGCAGGAGAAAAGAUGGAGGGUGAAGAUGGAGAGAAAGAGCGAGGUGAAGAAGUGUUCUCCAUUGAAAACAACACAGGGACUAUCUUCUCUUCUGCAUCGUUUGACCGUGAAAAGCUGUCCGCCUACACCUUCCGUGUACGGGCUGUGGAUGGAGGGGAGCCCCGCAAAACUGCCACAGCCACCAUCUCACUCUUUGUGACAGACGAAAAUGACAAUGCCCCCUCAAUCACCUCUCCAGCCAAUGAGUCCUACACCCUUCUUCCACCUGCCAGCAGCGCCCGCACCAUAGUCAGGACUGUAACAGCUGUAGAUUCAGACACAGGCCCAAACGCAGACCUUCGCUACGCUCUAGUCGGGGGGAAUCCCUUCAGACUGUUUGAGAUUGGUCACACCAAUGGAGUGAUCACCCUGGCAGAGCCCCUGGAGCGGCGCCACAGAGGUCUACAUCGCCUGGUGGUCCGGGUCAACGACAGUGGGGUGCCCUCUCUCUGUGCCACCGCCCUGGUUCAUGUCUUCAUUAAUGAGAGCUUGGCCAACGCCACCCUAGUGGAUGCGCAGGUGGCCCGAAGCCUGAUGGCUCCACUGUCACUGGACAUUGCAGGGGACCCAGACAGUGAGCGUGCAUUAGGAAAACAGCGCCUCAGCGUCGCCAUAGGUGUCCUGGCGGGAGCUGCAGCAGUCAUCCUAGUCAUUCUCCUUGUAGUCACAGCUCGGCAAUGCGGUGCUCAGGGCAAGAAUGGCUACGAGGCUGGUAAGAAGGAGCCAGAGGAAGACUUCUUCAGCCCUCCAGGGGCUCAACCACAGGUUGGCCGUGGCGGGGGAUCAGACCGUGGACGCAAACCUCGACGGGACAAACGUAACGGAAGUGGCGCCGGUGCAGCUGCAGGAGGAGGGAAGUCAGACAGAUCACUCUACAGUGGUAUCGUAACAGUCAAUGGACUGCGUCGCCACGCCAAUGACGAUGAUGAGGAGGAUUUGAGCAGUGCUAGCGAGCGCCUGGCAGCCCGCUACUGUGCUGUGGACGGUGACCCGGGCAGCCCACGGAUGGGCGGUGGAAGGAGGCACCAGUCAAGCCCAGAUCUGGCCAGGCACUACAAAUCCAGCUCGCCUCUGCCUGCAGUGAACCUACAGCCUCACUCCCCCCCAGCUGAGGGAAAGAAGCACCAGGCGGUCCAGGAGCUGCCUCCCUCCAACACCUUUGUGGGCAGUGGAGGUUGUGUGGGGAGUGCCGGCUCCAGCAGCAGCAGUAGUGGGGGCAGUGGCAAUGCAGAUGCCAUGUCCCUGGGAUCUGACCAGUGCUCAGAGUAUGGCUGCCAGACUGGGAACAAGUACAGCAAACAGGGGACCCUUCGUCGGGUGACCUUCUCGGUAGUCAGCCAGCCUCAGGAUGGCGGUUGCUAUGAUAGUGGCCUGGAGGACUCGGAGACGCCGAGCAGCAAGAGUUCAUCAGGGCCACGACUGGGAGCCCUGCCGCUGCCCGAGGAAGGCUAUGAGCGAACCACUCCGGAGGGCAGUGUGGGGGAGGAGGAGCAUGUGGAGAAUGAUGCCAGACAGCUGCCAGACGUAGCUUUGACAGGAAAGUGUACCAGGGAGUGUGAUGAAUUUGGCCACUCUGACACUUGUUGGAUGCCUGUCCGCCCUUCACCUCGUCAGCGCCAGCGCCACGGCAGCGACCCCCCACGGCUCUCCACCUUCGCCCCAGGAGACGAUAACAACAAUCUCCGUGGUAACGACCAUGAGAGUGACAGCGAGAGUGCUGGCAGCGCAGGGAGCUCAGAACCCGGGGUGGUCGUCAGCGGAGAAGGUCAGAGAUUACCCUUAGUCAACGGGGAUCCUCUUGGCACCCUGGGUAGUGGAGACCGCAACAGGAACAUGGGCGAUCACAACCGUAACCUUCUGAACCGCAAGAUGACUUCGGCAUCCUACGACACAUUUAGUAGCGCAGGCUUCGGGAGACGCCAGCCAGAGGAGGAAGGAGGAGAAGGCCAGAACCCACCUGAGGUCAUACCGCUGACGCGGACAGGAGCGGACUACAAGACCACGUCCUGUCUCACAUUGUCACGCCGCGAGGUCUACCUGUGACAGUCUUGCAACAGAGCAAUCACAACACAUUUCCUUUUUCUGUAAAAGAGGGAAGGUUAAAACUUUACUGGAAAGUCAUCAGUUCGGAGGGCCAUUUAAACCUGUGAAGAUGUGAAAAUGUCAUGGAAGAUGUUUUCCAAAAGCUGUGUAUCAAAUUGGAACUAUUGGAUUCUGACUAAUAUUUAUAGGAACUUAAACUUGAGCAAAUGAUGGAUCCACUCUUUGGAGAGCUCCGACCAGAAGUACUUUCUAAAAAAAAGUGUUUUUAACUACCAGUGAAAAUUGCCUACAGGCAAAGAUCCUAUUAUGUCCUUGUGGAGGAGGACAACUUCAUCUCCUCUUCUUUUUACCUGAAUCCAAUGCAUGCCUGACCCUCUGCCACAGAGGGAUCUGUGUGAAGAAGAGAUUGAGACUGAGUAAAUCCUGAUGUUAUAAAUGCCUGAUGUUAUAAAUGCCUCAGUGCACAUAAAAACUUUCUCUGAGGCUACAGCAGACUAAAUUUGGACUCAACUGAUUAACCGUCUUCUGAGAAACCGCCGAGGUCUUAACCAGUCAAAAUAGAUGAAAAGAAGUAAUGGGUCUUUGAUUGAGUUAUUUGGAUCUAAUUCAAACCAAUCAAACUUUCUAAUGCCUAAUCAACUCUAUCGUAACGCAAGACGGGAAUAUUAACCAAUGAAACUGCUAACUCUGCGAGAAUCUUAAGUCAUAAGCGGAGAAUCAACACUGUACAGUUACACAGUAGGAAAAAAAAAGUGCCGAUCUCAAAAAUCAGGUACUGUUCGUUAAAAAUAUUAAUGAUUCAGAACAAACUGCAACAAUGUGACUUUUUUUUUUUUUACAGUAAUCAAAUGUAACCA